GUCAUGUUUCGGUCCCUCCCUCUCUGCUUCUGUCCGUCGGCUAGACUGCCGCUUCACCCAGCCUGCCCGGAACAAAACACCAGAAAACAACAAUGUCUGAGAAACUUAACUACAAAGUCGCCGACAUCAGUCUGGCCGAAUGGGGGCGCAAGGCCAUCGACAUCGCGGAGAACGAGAUGCCCGGUCUGAUGAAGAUGAGGGAGCUGUACGGUCAGACCAAGCCGCUGAAGGGCGCCCGUAUCGCCGGCUGCCUCCACAUGACCCUGCAGACCGCCGUGCUCAUCGAGACCCUCACCGCCCUCGGCGCUGAGGUUCAGUGGUCCAGCUGCAACAUCUUCUCCACUCAGGAUCACGCUGCUAGCGCCAUCGCCAAGACUGGAGUUCCAGUGUACGCAUGGAAGGGCGAGACCGACGAGGAGUACGUGUGGUGCAUCGAGCAGACGCUGUACUUCAAGGACGGCCAGCCCCUCAACAUGAUCCUGGACGACGGAGGAGACCUCACCAACAUGGUCCACACGAAGUACCCCAAGCUGCUGGCAGGUAUCCGCGGCGUGUCGGAGGAGACAACCACAGGUGUCCACAACCUGUACAAGAUGUUGAAAAAGGGCGAGCUGAAAAUGCCCGCCAUCAACGUCAACGACUCCGUCACAAAGAGUAAGUUCGACAACCUGUACGGCUGCAGGGAGAGUCUGAUCGACGGCAUCAAGAGAGCAACCGACGUGAUGAUUGCCGGUAAAGUUGCCGUGGUUGCGGGCUACGGCGACGUGGGCAAAGGCUGCGUCCAGGCUCUGAGAGGGUUCGGAGCUCGCGUCAUCGUCACGGAGAUCGACCCCAUCAAUGCCCUGCAGGCAGCCAUGGAGGGUUAUGAGGUCACCACCAUGGACGAGGCGUCAAAGGAAGGCAACAUCUUCGUCACCACCACCGGCUGUGAGGACAUCAUCCUGGGACAUCACUUUGAGAACAUGAAGGACGACGCCAUCGUCUGUAACAUCGGACACUUUGACUGUGAGAUCGACAUGGGCUGGCUCACCAAAAACGCUGCAGAGAAGAUCAACAUCAAACCUCAGGUCGAUCGCUAUCGUAUGAAGAGCGGCCGUCACAUCAUCAUCCUGGCCGAGGGCCGACUGGUCAACCUGGGCUGUGCCAUGGGACACCCGUCCUUCGUCAUGAGCAACUCCUUCACCAACCAGGUUCUGGCUCAGAUCGAGUUGUGGGAGAACACCUCCAAAUACCCCAUUGGUGUCUACUUCUUGCCCAAGAAGCUGGAUGAGCAGGUGGCGGCCGCCCAUCUGGACAAGCUGGGCGUGAAGCUGACCAAGCUGUCGGACAAACAGUCCAAGUACCUGGGUCUGCCCGCCGAGGGGCCCUUCAAACCGGACCACUAUCGCUACUGAGCACCCUGUCCAACCGGGGGGGGGGAGGACGGAGGAGAAAGAGGAGGUGGUGUUUUAGAUGAAGCAGGGUUCUGUGUUUGGGAGCAGGUUGCACUUUGGGACUCUCAAAUGUCAACAUUUCAGGGAUGCUGAGGGACCGCUUUUUUUGUGUGUUUUUUUGCUUCCUUCCCCUUUUUCCAUAUCAAACGCUAGAGAAAUGUUUUCCACAAGACAUGGCUGAAGUGUGGAACCGAACACCUUGUUCUGCUUUACUGAGAUGAGCUCAAACCUAAUCUACCAAACGGCUGUAUUUGAGUUAAUCUGUCUGCAUCGAGCCAAAGCUUCAGUCAGUAGCUUUAUGUAGGAGUUUAUCAGGAGACUGCAGAAGUCUGUUUCUUCAGACACACGAGUCAAAACGACACCAAACUAGUAUUUCUACUGACAACGUAUUAGCUUGUCUCCUCACCAUCUUCUUUUACUCCUUAAACAUCGAUAUGUUCAGUCCUCCACCGCCUCCUCUUUCCUCCUCAGUAGUCUUCUGAAGCACCAACUGCUACUGUGGAGACAAUUCAUCUUUGGUUGUUUGUCAUUCCCUCUCCAUUAAUGGAAUAAAAAUAAAACCCUCACGCUUUUCUUUUUUUUUUCUACCUGAGCUCUUCUCUCUGGCUCACAAGAAGUUAUUUUUUUUUUUUCUUCUUCUGCAUCUUUUGAAUGAAUGGAGGCAAACGGUUCAGUGUGCGGCGGCCUUGUUCCAGUAUAGUUCCACCAACGCUGAGUUAGCACUUAAUGAAGGCUGUACCUGAACUCUGCUCGGUGUUUUCAGUGUGUUUGCUCAUUAUCAGGUUUACAUCGGUAAAGAGGAGCACCGCUGCCAAAGAGACACCAAAGCACCUCAUGUUUUUUGCCUCAUUUGAAAAAAAAAAAAAAGUCUUAUUCUUUCUGUUGCUAGAUUUUUGUUUUUUUCUUUUCUCUUCCUUUUUUUUUAUUGUGAUUUUUAUUUAAUUUGACUUAAAGGGCCAAACGCCUCCCCCUUUCUUUCUGUUUCUCACUGAAGCCGAUCAGGACGACGUUAAAGUGGCGGUCACAGUUCUCAACGGUUAAAAGCCUGAAACGCAGCGUUCAGCUGUUUUGUAAACGAUGGAUUCAAACUGUCAAGUGUGACAAUGAAAAAUAAAAAAAACACAUACAUGUGA